ACCCCCUCCUUUGAGAUCCAUCUUUUUUGACUCCACCAAGACUGUUCCUGUCACUAUGAAGAUGGAUCCAAAAGGUUUUUAUGUCUACUGGAUCAACCAAAGCAAGGAGACAACAUUCCUAGAUGUUGCCACCAUCAGAGAUACCAGAACUGGAAAAUAUGCAAAACUUCCCAAACACCCCAAGGUUCGCAAUGUGUUCAACCUAGACUUCCCAGACAGCAACCAUCUCGCCAAAACUCUUACCAUUGUCUCAGGUCCAGACACAGUGAACCUGACCUAUCACAACUUCUUUGCCUCCAAGGAGAAAGUGACACAGAACUGGGCAAAUGACAUCCUUGCAAUUGCCUACAACGGUGCCAGAAACAAUGCAUGCAGAUACGUCUUCCUGGAGAAAAUAUACAUCCGCAUUUCUCUUCACACCAACAAGGACGGCAAGAUUCCGGUGAAACAUAUUUACAAGAUGUUCCCUGCGGAUAAGAAGAGGGUAGAAAGUGCCCUAGCAUCAGCACACCUCCCUAAAGGAAAGUAUGACACCAUCAAGUCUGAUGUCUUCACUGAGUCUGCCUUUAAGGCCUUUCUUUCAAAUCUCUGCCCUCGGCCUGAGAUCUAUGAGAUCUUCACUUCUUACUCCAACAAACCCACCAUGACAAAGGACAAUUUCACCAAGUUCCUCAACGAGAAACAGAGGGACUCCCGGCUCAACGAGGAGCUGUUUCCACGUCUGCGGCAGGACCAGAUCAAGGCUCUGAUUGACAAAUACGAACCUACCUCCUCUAAUUCAAACAGAAGUCUGAUUUCUCCAGAAGGGCUCUUAUUCUUCCUGAUGGGGCCGGAGACAUCAGUUGUCAUGCAGGACAGGCUGGCCAAGAGUCAGGACAUGACCCAACCUAUACCCCACUACUUCAUCAAGUCCUCCCACAACACAUACCUGACAGCUGGUCAGUUCUCUGGUGUGUCCUCUCCGGAGAUGUACCGUCAGUGUCUGCUGGCCGGUUGCCGCUGUCUGGAGCUUGAUUGCUGGAAGGGCAAACCUCCAGAUGAAGAACCCAUCAUUACCCAUGGCUUCACCAUGACAACUGAGAUCCUCUUCAAGGAUGUGAUUGAGGCCAUUGCUGAAAGCGCUUUCAAGACCUCACAGUAUCCUGUGAUCCUCUCAUUCGAGAACCACGUUGACUCGGUGAAACAGCAGGAGAAGAUGGCCAACUACUGUAAAACCAUAUUCGGUGAUGCCCUUCUAACAGAGCCGCUGGACAAAUAUCCUCUGAAGCCGGGCCAGCAGAUCCCCAGCCCAUCUGAGCUAAUGGGUAAGAUCCUCAUCAAGAACAAGAAGGGCAGCCAUGAGAAGCCAACCCAGACUAAGAAAACCAGCACAGCUGCCGCUGAGCAGACUGCAACCACAGAUGCACCCACCCAGGACCCAAACACUACGACCACAGAUGCACCCACCCACGACCCAAACACUACGACCACAGAUGCACCCACCCAGGACCCAAACUCCACUUCCCAGGAUCCUGCCAACCCAACACCCAGCACCCAGGGGAACCAAGAGGGGGACGCAGCUGUGGAGGACAUUGAGGAGCAAGAGGAGACAGACGAACAGGAUGAGGAGAAAAUGAAGACAUCAGAUGAGGGCACAGCUGGACAAGAAGUAACAGCGUAUGAGGCAAUGUCAUCCCUGGUCAACUACAUCCAGCCCAACAAAUUCAUCUCUUUUGACAAUGCCAGAAAGAAAAACAAGAGUUAUGUCAUCUCAUCUUUUGUGGAAACCAAAGGGGAGACAAUGAUUGCCAAGAAUGCUGUUGAAUUUGUCGAAUAUAAUAAAAGGCAGAUGAGCAGGAUCUACCCAAAAGGAACAAGAAUGGACUCAUCCAAUUACAGCCCCCAGCCUUUCUGGAAUGUAGGCUGCCAGAUGGUGGCGCUCAACUACCAGACGAUGGAUUUUCCCAUGCAGCUGAACAUGGCUCUGUUUGAAUUCAACGGCAGAACAGGCUAUCUCCUUAAGCAUGACGUCCUGCGUCGUAGUGACAAGAAGUUUGACCCUUUCUGCGACAGGAUUGACACCGUUGUGGCGAGCACAUUGACAAUAAAGAUCUAUUCCGGCCAGUUUCUGUCUGACAAGAAUGUGAAAACAGGAGUUGAAGUGGAGGUGAUUGGGUUGCCGGGAGACCCCAAGAAGAAAUAUCGCACCAAGUGGUCCACCACACCCAACGCCAUUAACCCUGUGUGGAAUGAGGAGCCUUUUGUUUUUGAGAAGAUUCUGCUCCCAGAAAUGGCCUCUCUAAGAAUUGUAGUCCAUGAAGAGAAUGGUAAAUUCUUGGGACACAGGAUCAUCCCACUUGAUGCCAUCCAAUCAGGUUUCCAUCACAUCUGCCUGCGCAGUGAGAGCAACAUGCCACUCACUCUGCCUGCUCUCUUUGUGUACAUCGAGGUCAAAGACUACAUCCCUGCCGCCUUUGCAGAUUUCACAGAUGCCUUAUUUAACCCCACAAAGGGCACAGAGAAGACCACAAAGACCCCAAAGGAGUCAUCCUCCGACUACAUUUCUCCCUAUGAGUUGCCUCUUGUGGUCCAAACCCCCACUGACAAAGCUGGGGAAAGUGCUGCAGAAAAGGCCACAUCCGAACCUACACCACCAGUUGAUGCCAAUGACCAAUCAUCCAAGUCUCCACCAGAAACAAAUGCCGAAGAAGCUAAAGAAGAGGUUGAGAAUAAGUCAGACACUCCGCAAACUGCAGCAGAUCUUCCUCCUGACAACGCUCCUGCUGAUCCAGCCCCGGACGCAGGAAGCGCCACAUCUGAAACCCUUCCUGAAGCCGAUCCUGCCCUUGAAGCGGCAGCAUCUGAGAAGGAAGCGGUUCCAGAGACAUUACCUGAAACCAAAGAGGAACCUGAGCCUGCUGCAGAUGAUAAACCAGGAACAGAAGCUGCAGUUGCUGCUGAAGAGCCUGCACCUGAAGAGCCUACUGCUGAAGAGCCAGUUGCUGUGGCCGUGACCUGUCCAGCAAGUGCAUUGCCCGAGUCUGCAGGAUCAGAUAGCUCAUCUCAGCUGCUGACAUCCAGCGAAGAGCCUUUGACUGUGACUACCGAAGAACUGACACAGCACAAGAACUAUCUGAAGGUCAUCAAGCGUCAGGAGAAAGAGUUGAAAGAAGUGGAAAAGAAGUAUCAGAAAAAAGGAGAGGAUCUGAUUCAGAAAUACACUGACUCCUUCAAGACCAUCAAGAAAAAGGCCUCGUUGAAGAAAAAGGAAGGGGGAAACACCUCUGACUCCAGUGUGUACAUUGAGCGGGUGCAGGAGCAGAAGGAAAAAAUGCAGGUGGAGCUGCAGACUUUGUGGACGGAGCAGUAUGAUCAGCUGAGGAAGAAGAAAGAGCAGUGUGCUACAGAGAGACUGGCCAAACUGUUGGAGAUGGCCACAGAGAGACACUACAGUGAACUGAAGACCCUGGAGAGUGUAACCAAAGAAAAUAAGAAGAAAACACUCUCAAAAGGUUCAUCCUCAGAGAAAGCAAAGCUGAAAAGGGCAAUGAGCACAGAGCUGUUGGAUGAGACUAGUCAGCCUGAUUCUUCAGAUUACAACCCACAGCAAGAGGCUCUGACAAAGAAACAGACUGCUACUCUGGAGGAAAUCAAGGCCUUGACAAAUCAGCUCAAUCAGGAGGCCCUGAAGGAGCACGAGCAGAAACGGAGGUCUCUGCCAGCAGAGGUGAAAGAGACUGUCAAUGUCUGUGUUGGGGCCCACUUUCCUGAACUGGUCGACCAGACUAAAGACAAGAAGGUGCAGGGAGGGUGCUGCUAUGGAGAUGUAUUCCUGGGUUAGAUGGGCCCUUUGACCCUUCAGUUAUCAAGCGUUGCCCUACCAACCUGUCACAUAACCUUCUGUCUGAGAAUAAUAAUGGAAUAGUAGGAGAUUAUUCAAUUAAUUAUUUCAAUUUAGAAUUGUUUUUCAUAGAGAGUUUCUGUUUUGUUCUUAAAUUUUAAGCCAUAAUGUUGUUUUCAUGGAUGUCCUGUAGACCAAAAGUUAGAUUAUUUGGAAGUUAUAUAUUCUCUAUUUGACUCUUUAUUUCUGUUGCUUUUCACCAAUGAAAUAUAAUUAAUACAGCGACAAAUAUCUUCUAGAUGAAAGCACAUCAUUAAAAGCCUUAGUUUGGUAUAUACAGUCUCUUAAUGAGUUCAAAAAUGGGACUAAAUGUAGCAGAAAAAAUGGGUUAUCAGAGUCUGCAGGCUGAAUCGAGACAAUGACUCCAUCUGUCACACUUCAACACAUGGUGUGUGCGAUACUCCAUGAUGCUGCAGCAAAGCAUUCACUCUGAGAUUUAGGUGUGUUGUAACGAAAAUCUUGCAGAAAAAAGGUACAUUUCUCUUUAACUGGAACAAAGAUCCUAUAGAGUCAUGAUAAUGGCAAUACACCAAUAUUCCCUUUACAGUAAAAACAUUAUUUUCUCUUGUGAUGUUCUUAAUAAACUGUAAUUUUGUA